CAUAACUAAUUCAUAAUCUUUCAAAGAAACGAGACCUGGCGAUCAAAAGACUCUCAACCAAAAGUCUUUGAAAAGACUUCCAUGACCACCAUUUCCAACUGAAAUGGAUGCAGAGCCUCGUUAUCUCGCCCUGAAUCUCACUAUGGAUGUCCAAUUUCACUUCUUUGAUCCGCCUGUUCAGUUCAAAAAGGUACGACUUUUUUGUCUCGAGCGAAUGCCGCCAGAGGAUGGAUUUUUGGACACCUGAACUAGCAAACUCAGAAACUGAAAGUGAAGCGAGUAUCAGUAUUAAUUGAUAGAGCUCGUGAAGGUGUACGUCAGUCUAUGGGAAACUCAGAAGGAGAGUGGUUGUCCUGCAGUGACUGUUUGGAAAGAACAUGUGGAGAAUUGGUACAUUUUUCUUGGUCAAUUUCGUGAUAAGUUGUUAUGGAAGUGAACUAGCACAGUCACCACCAAGAGAUGGACGACUCUUCAAUAUCUUCAACAUCGUUCGAUUCAGAAAUGAGCCUUGCAAUGGAACCCUUAACAUUCUUGGAACUUGCUACACAUCUGAAGAGUGCUCCAGGCGUGGAGGAAUUGCCAACGGUAACUGCGCCGUAGGAUUCGGGGUUUGUUGCUCAUUUGAAAUAGGGUGUGGAGCGACAGCCAACCAAAACAACACCUAUUUCACCAGUACAAUGGCCGAUUCUUCACCGUGCACAGCCAUGGUGUGCCGUUGCAAUUCCAAUGUGUGUCAACUCCGACUGGACUUUCAAUCAUUCGAUAUUGCUCAGCCUAAUUCGGAUGAGCGUUUGGCUGCCCGAGCAGUUCAGAGAACUCAAUGUCUGGACGCCACCUUCACCGCUACCUCGAGGAGUGGCAACCCUCCAGUUAUUUGUGGCACCAACUCUGGAUAUCACAUGAUUUUGGAAGCCGAUGCGAACUGCAAUAGGCUGAAUUUUGACUGGUUCGAAAACGCACCUCGACAAUGGAGAAUCCUGAUAACCCAGGUUCCUUGCAACUCGCCAAAUAAAGCUCCUGAAGGAUGUACCCAAUAUUUUACGGGAAUCAUGGGGACCGUAGAAUCUUACAAUUUUCAAGGUGGAACCCAUCUGGCAAAUCAGGACUAUCUAAAUUGUGUGAGAACCGAAUUGGGAUUUUGUCAAAUCGAGUGGUCCCAUUCCCCAUUAGAGGGAGAUUUUUCGAUAUCUGCAGACAAACCGGGUGGAUCAAGUGGCGAUAAUUGCUCACUCGACUAUGUUGGUAUUCUGGGUGGAUUUCUACCCGGAAAUGACCCAUUCAACAAUCCCAACAAUGACCGUUUUUGUGGAUCCGGUCUAAUGUCUAGGACCUCGACGAUCACAAGCACAAUAUCUUCCAUUCAAGUUCCAUUUGGUCUUCGAUUUGUGACCGAUUUGGGAGAAACAGACGAUGUUGAUGACUUACAGGGAGGCUUCAAAUUGAACUACAUGCAAAUUCCAUGUUAAAGAGAUUUGAUAGAGGAUAUCUAAUGCAACAGUCUUUCAGUUGAUAUGACAAAAUAACUAUGAUAUUCAAUUCAUACCGGAAGAAAAUAUACUACAUUCACCCAUAAUUCCUACAAUCCGGACGGGAACAAUAAGGUUGAGAAAUAGCUACUUCGAUUUGAGCCAAUACAUUGAAUUCUUCUACAAAUGAGACUGGCUCCAGGCAUACCCCGAUCACUGCAAUUAUACAUUUCAAUUUAUAACCCGAUCAAACGGUUGGUUUUAAAAUCACACCCUCUCAAAAUACAAAAGGGGCCCUGAUUUCCAACGUCACACAGCCCAAAGGAAAUGGAAAAGAGGCGCCGUAGAUUGGUAUAUGAACUACUCGUUACUUGCCAUGAAAGCAAUUUCUUUUCUGGACAUUAUGUGACUUGGGUCGCUAAUCAUACAUACAAUUUUGAUAGGAUUACCUCAAAAACAGCCCAAAUCUAACUAACAAAACGCCUUCUGAGGUGCAAACCAU